AUGGCUCGGGACCCCUCUCCGCAAGGGCAGUCCCUCCGGGCCGUGGACCUCUUUACCGGCAUCGGAGGUGUCUGUAUGGGUCUCAAGGGGCUCGUGCACCCGAUCCUGCAUUGCGAGAUCUUCGAACCGUGUCAAGCCGUCUUGAGAGCAAGGAUGAAAGACGGCACCAUCCCAGAGUGUCCGAUCGUGGGGGACGUUCAUGAGCUCUCCUUUUCCGAGAGUGGGCAGUCGGAGAAGGACAACGUGCAGAUCAUGCUAUCUUCCUGGCCGUGCACGGGGCUCUCUUCCCUAGGUAAGAGACUGGGCUUCCAAGAUGAGAAGUCCAAGCUGUUUUUCCAGGUCAUGAGGUUGAUCGACGAGACUCAUACUCCUGCUGUUUUCUUCGAGAACGUCCCCAACGUCCUGACUCUAGUUAUGAACGACGUAGUCCGAGAGCUGACCGAGCUACGGGGAUUUACGGUACCUCGUUCGGCGCCGGCACGCAAGAAAACGACACGGCGCCUCGUGGACCUUGGGCGAGAGAGUUGGGUGUUGCACGACGCGCUUCCCGACACACUGACGUGGGAUUAUGACGCGCUGUGGAACACCCAUCCGCCGGAGUUCGGAAAGCUCGUAAUGUUCGACCGCGUCGUAUCCACUCCGAGAUGGCAACAGGCGUACAUGCGCCCGUACUACUUCACAGGCACCCUUCACGAAGCCCCGCCACUCCCACCUUGCUUCCAGUCCUUCCUGGAUUGGGCCAACGGCACGGAGCACGGGCCGUACAACUCGGCCCUAGUCAACUGGUACAAGGACGGGACUCACUACAUCGGCCCCCACAGGGACUCGGAUAGGCAGCUGGUCGGCGGCUCCACGAUCAUGUCGAUCACGCUGGGCGCGACGAGGACUUUCCGCAUCAGAGACUACUCGACGAAGGACGUCGUCCAAGACUUGGAGCUCGUGGACGGUAGCUUCGUGGUGAUGGGGGUGGUGGUGACGGCUAGCUGUCUCACGCUCUACAACAUGUGCUUGAAUCCUCAGUCCCUGAUCUCACCUCUACAGCAACUCCUGGGUUACCCCGUCACGGACGACAUGGCGCACACCCUUAUGAACGUAGCCGUCACUUCGGUGGGAGCAUAUCAUGCCUACGACGGGGCUCGCGUAGUCAAGACCCUCACGGGGGACCUUUCGGAGCGUCGCGAAGUCCUCCGACGAUUGGAUGCCUUGCGUGCCAGCAACACUAAAAAGAAAGCGUACGAGAAGUUGCUCGCGCGGCGCAAGAACCGCGGGCUGGAAGCUUAG